GAGCUCAAGUGAUUCGCCCAUCUUGGCCUCUUGAAGUGCUGGGAUUACAGGUGUGAGCCACUGUGCCCGGCCAAAUCUGGUGGAAUUUUAAGGAGAUGAGUACAGUGGGAAAACCAGCGCGGGCUGGCGUGGAGACUGGAGGCGUGGUGGGCCCAUGAGUUAGAGUGGUCUGGGAAAGCUCCCUGGAGGAGCUGCCUGUGCGUGAGAUCUGGGGGAACCACAGGGAACCAGCCAUGGGAGGCCAUGGAGAAAGACUGGGAAGGUCUCAGGAGCAGAAAGGCAGUGUUGGGCUGGAAACCAAGCCCCAGCAGUCUUGGGAGACGUGGGCAGUGCCAGGCCCCAUGAGGACCCAGUCAAUGUGAGGGGUGAGGGCUGCAGAGGACAAAAGGGGUGGGAGAGAGGGUCCCAGGAGCUGGCAUGAAGUGGGGGCAGGCUCUGGGCAAGAAAGCCCGGUGGCUCCCAGUACAGUGGGGUGCUGGGGAGAGGGGGUCGGGGGUGCAUGGAUUCAAGGCAUAUUUUGGAACUAGGAUGGACAGAAUUUGCUGAAGGCUUGAAUGUGAGGGGUGAGAAAUAGGAAAAUCCAAAAUGACCCUUAGCUUUUUGGCCAAACUGCCAUUUCCUGAGAUAAGGAAGCUGGGGGGAGGCACAGGUUCAGCCGUGGGGUAUUGUGAAGUGGAGGUUACUUCCCAAUACUAGGUUUUAGUUGGGUUUUUUGUUUUUUUCUUUUCAUUUUGAAAUUCCAGGCUUGCAAAAAAUAGUACAAAGAACUCCCAUUUACAGGUCCCCCAGCUUCCCUGUGGUUAACAUUUUAACCACAGAAGGAUCAAACACAGGAAAUGAAUAUUGACAUAAACACUGCUAAUUAAUCUGCAGAGCUUAUUGGAGUUCUGUCAGUUGUCCUAAAGUCCUUGUCCUGGAGCAGGAGCCAAUCCAAGAUGGCACUAGAGUGACCUCAUCCUCCUGUCUCCUUACUCCCCUCCAGUCUGUGACGGUCCUCCGUGUUUCCUCGUCACGUCUGAAGAGCUCAGGCCAGUUAUUCUGUAGAAUCUCACUCACUUUGGGUUUGUCUGGUGGCCCCAGGGUUUGGGAACUUGCAGGCCCCCAGGCCUCGGCCGCCUGAGCAGGAGGGUUUCCGUGGAGCAGAGGGGUGGGAGCCUGACAGGAGUGAGCUGAAGUACAAGGGAGAUGGCGGGUGCGGGCAACACCCAGGGAACAGAGAAAGGGACCCAAGCUGAGGGGCGAUGUGGGGUCCAGGGAAGCUUGUUUAAGAAGGGGUAAGGGAAUGGCUUGUAUGCUGGGGUAUCAACCCAGUGAAACAGGAAAAGCGCCAUGUGAGAUGUAGGCAAGCUCUGCAGCAGGCCAGUGGCUACUGGGCCCCGGACAGUGUCUGCCAGGGCCCGGUUCUAGAGCUGGUCACAGGUGCAAGCUGUACAGGGAGAAAGAGGAGUCUCAAGGCAAGGAGGGGCAGGCAGAUGGGCCUCGGCGAGUGAAAGAUGUGGCAGUGGGGGUGCUGAGCUGCCGAUGGUGAUGUCCAGAGGAAGGGAUGUUCCAAAUGGACAGGCAGAAGGUCAUGCCCUUAUUGGUAGUGACCUGGAGGGUGGGUAGCUGAGGUAGGGGGAGGGGUCCAUGACAAUGAGGAAAACAGUGACCCAAGAGAUAGGGGGGUACCAGGGAUGUGGGAUGCCAGUGGGAUUGGGGCAAAGAGAGUUAAGCCCUCUGUGAAGGAAACAGGAGAGUGUCUGGGCCAGCUACAGAGAGGGUGCAUUCUGGGGGCAGGCUGCUGCCUCAGACAAGGGCCACGUGUGCUCGGGUAGAAGGGAGUGAGGAUUGUCAGGAAGGGGCAAUGGGGGAAGAAGGGCUCUGCCAUGUCCUGGCUCUCUCUUCAUCAGCUGUGGCAGGGAGGGGGACAAGUCCUGGACAGGAAGAGAAGAUGAAUGGCCCCACUUGCAGAGGGAAGUCCCAGAGGAGACUGUUGGAGGGUUGGGGUGGGGAGGGUGGAGCUGUGAGGGAUGGCUGAUGGGAAACGGGGGGGCUCACCCUCUGCAAGCAGCUGGAGGUCCGUGGGGGUGGAGGGGGCAUGACAUUGUCCUAAUAUCCCUGUUCCAUCCAUGAAAUUGGUGGGGAGGGGACUGGGGGCAUCCAUUCCUUCCAGGCAUGCCCACCCUAGAAUUCUGGCUGGGAGAGGCUGGGCUGUGACCGUCCACAUACCCACCUGGUGGCACCUGCUGCAUGAACACGCACCUCACAUAAGUAUCAGCCCAGCUCACCAUCUCCCACCAGUACACGGCAUUUUGCAUCCUACAUGAAUCAUCUAGUUUUGCCUCUUUUGCUGCAUCCUUUCCAUUUCUGGACUUUUGCUUGGAUAGUGCUUCCUCCAUGAAGCCUCCCUUGAUUUCCUCCAUCAAGAGCAAUCACUGGAGCAUCUUCCACUGCUCCUGCUUCUUUAUAUUGUGUUUGCCUGGUUACUGCUAGCGACCUCAAGAGACUGCCGUUUCUCCUGGAUGGCCCUGCUACACCAACGCUGCGAGUUUGGGGGCCUCCUGCAGUUCCUUCUUUGUCCACUAGAUGGCACAAGAUACCUGUGUCUGGGCCCAUUGAUCCGCGAAUUCAGGGCACCCUUGGGGUCUUUCCCACCUGCCGCUGGCAAGCAGGGGGGCCUUUAGAGAGGAUCCCUACCCCCUGCCCCCUAGCCUGGAAAACUGAAGCCCGGAGAGGGAGAGGACCUGACUGAGGCCACACACGUUAACAGUAGAGUUCAGACUCCCAGCCUGCCGCAGGCUGUUUCCGCAGUGUGGAGUAGGCUGCCUGCAUACCCUGCUCUGGUCGACCCAGGCCUCCCUGCAGCCCCUGCUGGGCGUCUGGCUGAGCUGAGACCCCAGGGUGGGCUGGCAGGCUGAGGAGUGUUGGGCCACCUGCCCGCCGCUGUUGGUCACAUGCUGGCUGAAGGGCUGCCUGGUUCAGUCUCCAGUUAGAAGUUGGCCCUAACUUGGGCAGUGUGCUGGCCACACCUCCCCAGGGAAACUGAGGCAGAAGCACUCCACCCCAGGGUCCCAGGAUAUGGUCACCCUGACAGCAGUCCCUGCGCAAGCCCACUCGGCAGGUUAUAAAGGCUGCUUACACCCAGGAUGGCUGAUCCCCGGCCCUGGGAGGAGGAGGUCCCUCCCCAUCUGGGAGGAGAAUGACCCCCCACCCCUAACCAGGGGAGCUGGAGAGUCUGGCCAAGGUUUCAGGGUACUGGAACAUCCUGGAAUUGAGGCAGGGCCAGUUUGGAAGGUCUCUGCUGUGGGCAGUGGAGGGGCAGAGAACAGCCCAGAGACAGAAAGGUCUUGGCCAAGGCGUUCUAGCAGGGCCAGAGGCAGGGCUGGGCUGAGCUCCAUCACUGGUCUCUCUGGGCAGCCCCUUGCCCACCUUCAGGCCAGCCCCCUGCUGAAGGAGGCAUGUGUGAGUGAAGGGAGAUGGAGACAGGGAGGUAGAGUUGUAGGUCUCUAGGACCUGUCAUGCUGACCCAAGAAGCCAGCCUGUUUCCAUUUCAGGAUUGAGGUAGGGGAGGAGGGUGGGGUCCCCAUAUUCCCAAGAAGGCCCAGAGCAAAGGAGGGUCCCAGGAAGGGGCAGGGCUGAGCUGGACCCAUCUCAGCCUGCUCUGUGGCCUAGGCCAGGUCCUUUCCUCCUCUCUGAGUCCCCCACAACUUACCAGAGGGUCCAGGCCAGUCCAUGUGGGAGGCCCAAGCUGCAGGAGUUGUUAGAAUCCUGGGAACUCAAACUCCAGCUCAAAAUUAAAGUCUCUUUAGUGCCCAGGGCCUCAGGUUCUGAGUGUAGGGUUCUGGGGUGGGGUGAGGUGGGAACUGUUCUGGAGCAGGGAGCAUGGGGAGGUCCUGUCACUCACCCCAGAUUCAGGUUCUCAGUACCAUUUCCCCUUUGGCCCUCUUCUGUGGCUUUCUGUGCGCUCCUCCCCGCCCCCCCACAGCCACCGCUGCUUCCCAGUCAGCAUUCAGGGCAGGGGGAGUGAGCUCUGAGAGAGCACAGGUGUCUGCAGGGCCUUUGGGGUAUAGGGUCCCUGGGAAGAACCAUCACUGACCUGGUGAAGCUCUGGACCCUGAGUCUCUGGAAGUACUGGAGGCCUGAGGGAGGCAGGGCAAGGGGAGGUUCCCUCAGCAUGGGGUCCCCUAAUGCCCUUGUCCCCUACCCCAAAGCAAGCCUGGUGAGCUGCGAUGGGGCCUGUAGAUGUGGUGAGAGGCUGGGGUGGCCGGAAGCCAGAUGGGGACAGGCCUGGGUGGAAGAGGCUGGGCAGUCAUCUCUUGCUGGCUCUAUGAAGUGUUGCCAGACCUCAAACACCAGCCUAGGACAUGGUGCCCCCUCUGGCCGAGGCUUCAGGGGGCUGGAACAUCCUGGAAUUGGGGCAGGGCCAGUUUGGAAGGUCUCUGCUGUGGGCAGCGGAGGGGCAGAGAACAAGGCAGAGCCCAGCUCGGCCUCUACCCAGCCCAUCAACCUCGACCUCUGAUCCCUGACCUCCCUUCCAGGCUCUCUCCCCACUUGUCACUUUGCUGGAGCCUGAGGACCUGUAUUUGUGGACAUCUCUGUACACAUGGCCCGUGCCCCAGCUGGGAAGGUCUUCCCAAUGGAGAGCUAGCUGGCCAGUGUGACACAAAGGCCUGCACUGGGCCAACAAAGUGGAAGGAGAAGUGGCAGGUGGACGGCAAGGCCCCGCCUCCUUCUCUCCCCCGUCCCUCUUCCCGCCCAGGACUGGGUGGAGCCACUGCCUUAUAAGUGGUGGCCUGGUGGCAGCAGAGCAAACUACAGCCGGCGGCCAGCAGGACCAGAGGGCGGCUCUGCAGGCAGGCGGCAGCGGUGCCCUCAGCUCCCCAGCAUGGCCCCCUCGGCCUGGGCCAUCUGCUGGCUGCUAGGGGGCCUCCUGCUCCAUGGGGGUAGCUCCAGCCCCAGCCCUGGCCCCAGUGUGCCCCGCCUGCGGCUCUCCUACCGAGGAGCCGUGGUCCAAAAACCUUCCAGCACCACGUGGAUGGAAACAUUUUCCAGAUACCUCCUGUCUGCCAACCGCUCUGCCAUCUUUCUGGGCCCCCGGGGCUCCCUGAACCUCCAGGCCAUGUACCUAGAUGAGUACCGGGACCGCCUCUUUCUGGGUGGCCUGGACGCCCUCUACUCUCUGCGACUGGACCAGGCGUGGCCAGAUCCCCGGGAGGUCCUGUGGCCGCCGCAGCCAGGACAGAGGGAGGAGUGUGUUCAAAAGGGAAGAGAUCCUUUGACAGAGUGUGCCAACUUCGUGCGGGUGCUGCAGCCUCACAACCGGACCCACCUGCUAGCCUGUGGCACUGGGGCCUUCCAGCCCACCUGCGCCCUCAUCACAGUGGGCCACCGUGGGGAGCAUGUGCUCCACCUGGAGCCCGGCAGUGUGGAAAGCGGCCGGGGGCGGUGCCCUCACGAACCCAGCCGUCCCUUUGCCAGCACCUUCGUAGGCGGGGAGCUGUACACGGGUCUCACCGCUGACUUCCUGGGGCGAGAGGCCAUGAUCUUCCGAAGCGGAGGUCCUCGGCCAGCUCUGCGUUCUGACUCUGACCAGAGCCUCUUGCACGACCCCCGGUUUGUGAUGGCCGCCCGGAUCCCUGAGAACUCUGACCAGGACAAUGACAAGGUGUACUUCUUCUUCUCGGAAACUGUCCCCUCGCCCGAUGGUGGCUCGAACUAUGUCACUGUCAGCCGCGUGGGCCGCGUCUGCGUGAAUGAUGCUGGGGGCCAGCGGGUGCUGGUGAACAAAUGGAGCACUUUCCUCAAGGCCAGGCUGGUCUGCUCAGUGCCCGGCCCUGGUGGUGCCGAGACCCACUUUGACCAGCUAGAGGACGUGUUCCUGCUAUGGCCCAAGGCCGGGAAAAGCCUUGAGGUGUAUGCGCUGUUCAGCACUGUCAGUGCCGUGUUCCAGGGCUUCGCCGUCUGUGUGUACCACAUGGCAGACAUCUGGGAGGUCUUCAACGGGCCCUUUGCCCACCGAGAUGGGCCUCAGCACCAGUGGGGGCCCUAUGUGGGCAAGGUGCCCUUCCCCCGCCCUGGCGUGUGCCCCAGCAAGAUGACUGCGCAGCCAGGGCGGCCUUUUGGCAGCACCAAGGACUACCCAGAUGAGGUGCUGCAGUUUGCCCGAGCCCACCCCCUCAUGUUCUGGCCUGUGCGGCCUCGGCAUGGCCGCCCUGUCCUUGUUAAGACCCACCUGGCCCAGCAGCUACACCAGAUCGUGGUGGACCGCGUGGAGGCAGAGGAUGGGACCUACGAUGUCAUCUUCCUGGGGACUGACUCAGGCUCCGUGCUCAAAGUCAUGGCCCUCCAGGCAGGGGGCUCAGCUGAACCCGAGGAAGUGGUUCUGGAGGAGCUCCAGGUGUUUAAGGUGCCAACACCUAUCACUGAAAUGGAGAUCUCUGUCAAAAGGCAAAUACUGUAUGUGGGCUCUCGGCUGGGUGUGGCCCAGCUGCGGCUGCACCAGUGUGAGACUUACGGCACUGCCUGUGCAGAGUGCUGCCUAGCCCGGGACCCAUACUGUGCCUGGGACGGUGCCUCCUGUACCCGCUACCGCCCCAGCCUCGGCAAGCGCCGGUUCCGCCGGCAGGACAUCCGGCAUGGCAACCCUGUCCUGCAGUGCCCGGGCCAGAGCCAGGAAGAGGAGGCAGUGGGACUUGUGGCGGCUACCACGGUCUACGGCACGGAGCACAACAGCACCUUCCUGGAGUGCCUGCCCAAGUCUCCCCAGGCUGCUGUCCGCUGGCUCUUGCAGAGGCCAGGGGAUGAGGGGCCUGACCAGGUGAAGACAGACGAGCGAGUCUUGCACACGGAGCGAGGGCUGCUGUUCCGCAGGCUCAGCCGUUUUGAUGCGGGCACAUAUACCUGCACCACUCUGGAGCAUGGCUUCUCCCAGACUGUGGUCCGCCUGGCUCUGGUGGUGAUUGUGGCCUCACAGCUGGACAACGUGUUCCCUCCGGAGCCAAAGCCAGAGGAGCCCCCAGCCCGGGGAGGCCUGGCUUCCGCCCGACCCAAGGCCUGGUACAAGGACAUCCUGCAGCUCAUCGGCUUUGCCAACCUGCCCCGGGUAGAUGAGUACUGUGAGCGCGUGUGGUGCGGGGGCACCAUGGAAUGCUCCGGCUCCGGAGGGAGCCGGAGCCGGGGCAAGCAGGCCAAGGGCAAGAGCUGGGCAGGGCUGGAGCUAGGCAAGAAGAUGAAGAGCCGGGUGCAUGCUGAGCACAAUCGGACACCCCGCGAGGUGGAGGCCACGUAGAAGCGGGCAGAGGAGGGGUGGUCAGAAUGGGCUGGGGGAGCCCACUAGCAGCCCCCAGCAUCUCCCACCCACUGGCUAGGGCAGAGGGGGUCAGGACGUCUGUUUGCCUCUUAGAGACAGGUGUCUCUGCCCCCACACUGCUACUGGGCCACCUACAGAAAAGACUGGGGUCUGAUGGAGGGGCCGGCUGCUUGAGGCCUGUUCCCUGCCCCUCUCUGUGCUCUCAGACCCAGCUGGAGCCAGCACCCUCUGGCCGCUGGCAGCCCCGAGGGAUCUGCCAUUUGUUCUCAGAGAUGGCCUGGCUUCCGGAGCACAUUUCCGGGUGUGCCCAGAGGCAAGAGGGUUGGGUGGUUCUUUCCCAGCCUACAGAACAAUGGCCAUUCUGAGUGACCCUCCGAGUGGGUGUGUGGGUGGGUCUAGGGGGUGUCCCGGUAGCGGGCUCUCAGGGAGCCAGAGGAGGGAGGAAAUGGCCUCUAAGCUAGCACCCCGCAAGAAGAGCCUACCUGACCGACUUGGGGAGGGAACAUGGAGGUGUUAGGAAGGUGGAGCAACAAUGCACCUCCCCUCCUGUCGUGCCCUGAUAUCUUGAUGGCUCUCUGCCACUGCCCACCGCCUCUUCUCCAUCUGAGAAUCAGAGAGAGGCAUAGAUAAUCUAGAGGCAUGGACUGCUAGAGUCCCCAGGGAUCUGGGUUGGUCAGGGCUCAGGCUUCACUUUGUAAACCAGGUGGGGGCAUCUCACAGCCUGACUUCCUUUCCCCAGGCCAGGGUUGCUGGGAUACCUGCCCCUCCUGAGAGGACCCCCUCCCCACUGUCAGGCUCUCCAUUCCCAUGAGCGGGGAGGGGUGGGUUUUGGGGGAUUGUUGUCCCUUGUGUCUGUGGACUAGAUAGGGCAGGGGAGCUGGGGAAGGGUGCAGGCGGGAAGAGUGGGCUGUCUUUCCCAGGGUGAUGCAAGCAUGCCGCAGCCCUGGAGGCUGGGAAUGUGGAGGCUCUGUGAGCCCUCCAGUCCUCAGAAUCAGGGCCAGGGAUGCAGAAGAUUGAGAGGAUAUGGAGAUGGACAGAGGGCAGGAGACCCUUAGGAUAGACUGUAGGACCCAAGCAGGAACAGGUGUCCACAAGGACUCAGGAUGGCAUCAGUUAGCUCAGAAGCCACCUGUAAGACCCCGUGUUUCCAUCUCUGGAAUCUCUGUUUUAUGCUAAAUGGAUUUAGGAAGACUGUUUUUCUUUUAAGGGGGAAACAAGGUAGAGAAAAAAACGAAGUGUAAGUCCUGCUGAUUCUUGGGGGGAAAGAUCGGACGGCAAGGACGCAUUCUGCUGGGGCAUGUAGCGGAGGUGUUUUUGCCAUCAGCAGUUUCUCAGGCUGGGGAGCACAGAGCGGAGGAGGAGGACUAAAUGAAAAGUUGUUCCCAGCCUGCACAUGAACACGUUCAUGAUGCACAAAACUGACUGGAAAGAGAUAAGACCACCGGGUUUGAGAUUCCCUCCAUUAAAACAACCAAGACAAAGAAAGGAGGGGAAAAAAAGAUAAAAAGCAAGACAGGGUUCCCUGCCCCACUGAAACUCAAACCCAGACUGCCUACCCCUGGCACCUCCAGAGAACUGGGACCUGAAAUACCUGCUCCUUUCUCCCCUUUGACCAUGUAGUAAAUGAACCAGAAGCAGAGAUUAACCUAUCAACGCCCUGAGAAGCCUUCCAGCCUGCAGUGCUGUCUGCUGGGAGGUCAGCUGGUCAAAGCAGAGGAGGAGAGGAGGAAAGGAUAGGGGCUGAAGAGCAGAAGGGAGGGGAGACAGAGGGGAUUAAAGAGGGGAGGAGAGAGUGUGGAGCUCCAAGAAAGGGUGUCAGAGCUGCAGCCAGCUCUGCCCUCUACCCUAGGGAGGCCAGAAAGAAACAAACAGCCCUCUGGGCCUUUAGGCUAGACUCUGGCUUGGCAGGCUCCAGGCAGGGUCCUCUGGGAAGUUACUCUAGAAAAUGAAGGGAGGAGGAGCACAAGGUCCUCAGCAACGAACACCUGCACUUGGAAAAAGUGGACAGCUUCUGCCAACCGCACCCCACCCAUGGUACUGUAUGCUACUAACUCCUGGAAACGCCCUGUAUGUGCGAGUUCUAUUUUUGUAUUUGUAUGUUGAGAUGGGCUUUGUGGUUUCUCUGUUCUCAGAGCAUAUUUCUUGUAAUUACUAUUGUUAUUUUUAUUGUCAUGACUGCCCCUGAGCUCUGGUGAGAAAAGCCAAAUUUAUAAGGAAAGGGAUGAAGUUAAUAUUUGCAUCAUGUAAUUAUAUCAUUACUGUGUAUCUGUGUAUUGUACUAAAUGGACUGAUGCCAGCACAUGAGCUGAAAAUGAAGAGCCCUCCCAUCCAUUGCAUGAGAAAGAAGGUCACCCUGAGUGACCUCUGUUUCAUGAUUUCCCAAACAGGUUUUAGAGCUGGAAAAGGACUUAAAGAAAGAGACUGGGUGGUGCUUUCUAGAAAGGAGGAAGAUGGGUAUCAGGGGAAGGAAGGAGUUAGAGGGCUUUGUCUAUGAAGCCGAGAUUGCUCAUUAAAUGAGGAACAUCCUGG